AUGCCGUAUAGUGAAUCCGUAUCUAUGAAUCGGAAUAUUCCGAAAGCCAAAGGCUCUCCGAAAUGGAGACGACCCAAGCCGUCCGCCGACAAGACUCGUUUUUUGGAAAAGCCGAAUUUUACUUCGCAUACCGGAAAACUGGUCGACGUGUUGUACGAGCGCCGUCACUGCAACUCCAGAGACGACAUAACUCUGCUGUGCACUUACUUUGAAGCAAACAAAAGGCAAAAAAGACUUCCAAAGGGGUCGAGAUCAUUUGUUAAAAAUGAAACCUCUAACGAUAACUACUAUUCAGAUAAACGAAAACUACGUACUACUAAUAUUGAAAACGAACCAAGCUACAUGUUACAACAAUACAAUAAACCCUCAGCAAAAAUUAAUGCGGUUCUUAAAGAUCUAGGUUUUGUGUGUAAUAGUGAUAAAAUGUAUACAUUUUAUCCAUCACAGAUAUACUAUUAUAAAGACGCUCAAAAGCAUAUUGCCAGAUAUGGUCAGAAAAGUUAUAUUGCACCAAAACCAAAAAAUUCAAUAGGUAGUUCUGAUGGAUAUAAUCAAAACGGAAGACAUCAAAAGCCAAUUCACUCUAAAACAUACCCGAAAGCAAUUGUUACAAACAAAAUUACAAAAUUGAAGUAUGAAACAUAUUAA